UCCAAUUGUGAAUCCUUCUCAUAAUACUAUAUUCAGUCUUCAUCUACCUUCUUCUGUUUAAAAUCCAGAAAUUUCACAUAGAAAACACACACACACACACAACACACCAACUACAAAAGAGCCAUUUUCACCUCCCAAAACCUAAAGUUACAAAAUUCUCAGUAAGUUACAAGCAAUGGAUGUUGUGAACAGAUUGGUUGAAGAGAAGCCUUUGGUAAUCUUUACAAAGAGUUCUUGUUGCAUAAGCCACUCAGUGAUGCAACUCAUAAGCAGUUAUGGAGCAAAUGCAACAAUUUAUGAACUGGAUAACAUGUCCAACGGACAAGAAAUAGAUAAAGCUCUCCAAAGACUAGGGGUUAAGCCAAGUGUACCUGCUGUUUUUAUAGGGCAAAAAUUAGUUGGUGGAGCUAAAGAAAUUAUUAGUCUGCAAGUUCAAGGAAGACUUGUGCCAAUGCUCAAGGAGUCAGGAGCUUUAUGGGUUUAAAAUAUAAGAACUUACAUCUAGCAAGAAAAAUAUAAAUCCAUAAUUUUCAGGUUUUUUUUUUUUUUUUGGUUGUUGCUGCUUUAAUUUUCAAAAUUGUAACUAGAAGGAUGUAUAUUCUUCUUUUUGAUCCCCUUCUAUCUAUCUUUUUAAUGAUUAGAUGGAAGGGUAAAUACAUUAGCCCCUAGUGUACUAGUGUAAGCAGCUGGCUACAUUCCGUGGUGUAAUCAAAAUAUUCAAGUAAUGAGUAUCUAUUUCACA